AUGUAUGGAUUGAACGUAUUCGGGGAAGAUUUCGCUACGAAGACAAGAAAAAUACGGCAGAAACGACGUCCUGAUUCCCAUUAUAUGUCUAAAGUCUUAAGUACUUUGCGGCAGAUCGUUAGAGAAUGGAGUUCACAAGGAAAAGCUGAGAGAGAUGCCACUUUUACUCCUGUCCUCGACGUUGUGCGCCAAUGGUAUCCUUCUGUUAGUGCACGAGGAUCGGUGAAAAUAAUGGUACCAGGAUCUGGUCUAGGUCGGUUAGCGUUUGAUCUAGCAAAGGAAGGUUUUAGAGUGGAAGGUAAUGAAUUUAGUAUGGUCAUGUUGAUGACGUCGUCCUUUCUUCUGAAUGCGUGUUAUGAGGAAAAUGAGUAUACUAUUUACCCGUACGUCUUGGAUAAAAGCAACAGUUGGUCAUAUGGGGAUCAAACACGACCUGUUCAUUUCCCUGACAUUGGAAAGUCGAAAACAGAGGCUCCUUCAAACUUCUGUAUGAUUGCUGGUGAUUUCUUAGAAGUAAUGCUGUCAAGAACAUGUGAUUUCGAUUGUGUGGUUACAGCAUGGUUUAUUGACACUGCAAAGAAUAUCAUUGAUUACAUAGAAACCAUCUAUCGGAUUCUCAAGGCAGGUGGCUUAUGGGUAAAUGUUGGCCCGCUCACAUACCAUUAUGAAGACAUGCUUGAUGAGAUGUCAAUCGAGUUGCCGUACGAGGAAGUGAUGAGGAUUGUUCGGCUGACAGGUUUCCAAAUCGAAAAAGAAGAACGCAUCGUCACUUACUAUACUAGGAACCAUAUGUCUAUGCUACAAAACCAGUAUACGUGUGCGUUUUUUGUAGCAGUGAAACCCUUGGAUGGUUAA